AUGACAAAUGAUAUCCACGACACUUUACAAGCUCUCCUCGCCCGCAUGGAAGCUUUGGGAGCACGCUCUGCUGCUCCUCCUGUGGCCCUUGAUGGUUCUCCUGCUGAUGAAGACGACACAAUGCUACCUACCGACCAUAUUGUCGAACGACCUAUCGCAUCUGAUCUCACUCCCUUCCCCGAACUUAUUAAAGCCAUUCCCGGGAUGGAGCGCGACUUCUUCAGGCAACCCUUGGACGAAGCCUCUCGCCGCCGAUUCCUCCUUAACUGCCCACGAAAUGUACUUCGUCAGUACCAAGCCCUUGUUCUCAACUACAGUGGCGUGGGAACUCACACCAAACGUACUGAUGCCCAACUCGCUGAUAUUCAGUUCCGCCUAUCUGGUCUCACCCGUCCCAUCGACCUGUUCGCACAUGAUGUGCUUGUGGAAGGAUCUAUCCAGGUUACACAGGCGUUGGGUUUUGCCAACACUAUGCAUGAAUUACUAUCAGACCUUGCCUCUGUUGUCACCCAGAUGCGUAGUGAUAAUAUCUGCCGAGAUGCCAAUCUACCUAUCACGCCAAUUGUCACCAACUCUGCCUUGGAGCCCAAACCACUUCUCGACUCUCAACGAAUUGUGGAACAAGCUAAGCUCCAGCGUGCUUUGCACGACGCCGCACGACCUUCCCGAACGAGAAAGGGAAAACGCACCGGCCAAUCAAACCGGACCAACAAACCCACUCAAUCUGACCCGACUUCUGCUAUCUCAGUCCCAUCUUACCAGCGAUCUUCCCGUCCCCACGACUCGAAGAAGGUUUUUCACAGUCGCCCACAGCUGUCCAAGUCUCAGACAACCAAUACACCACACAAGGAUAUGACACUAAUCAUCCCUCGCUCCAAGUUGAGAGAUAUCCGGAGAGAAGCAUCUCGCCUUCUCCACAACCCGACAAUCACCUUGAGACAGCUUUCCUCGUUCAUCGGCAAGGCCCAGGCAACCACUUUGGCAGUCCUUCCCGCGCGCCUGCAAACCCGGCAACUGAUAUCCAUACGCAACCAAGCCUUGUACCGCGGAUUGCAAUGGACCAGUCCGAUACACCUCUCUUCCAUGGCUCGGCAGGAACUUCAGUGGUGGAUCGACCAGCUGAAGGCAUGGAAUGGACACUCGUUCCUCCCAGAAGUACCUCAAGUCGAAGUCAUUUGCGAUGGACGCACUUUCUGUACCUUGGACAACCUGGCCUCGCCUAUAUCUUUGUCCGCCGUGGAACCUACUUCUCCACAUACUGCAGAAACUACAACGAGAGAAGGUUCCCGCUACGUUGAUAACGCCCAACUGGUCGAGCGCCCUCUGGUAUCCUCUCCUCCUCCAGCUGUCGUCCCGCCCGCCAAUACCCAUCCCUCGUCACCUGGUCCUUCCCGCACCAGGCUGCGCCGGCCACGUUCUCCUGAAGAACCCACACUGGAACAUGAUCGCGUGGGACAUAAAUUACGCAGGUUAGAAGACCAAGGAUUCGAUGACAAUGCCAACAUCAUCAUCCUCAACCGCGAUCGCAACCACUCCCGACGAUCCUAUAACCGUAUUCAACGCGCUUACAUCGACUGGGCACACCACCACGACGUCGACCCUUUCAUUCCUAACCCCGUUCAUAUAGUCAACUAUCUGGCCUAUGGUGCUACCCAUUUGAAAUGGAAAGCAUCCACUUGUCAAGCCUACCGCUCCGCCAUUCUUGAUUUGUACUCGGAUAAAGAUUCUAUUGUCAAAGACUCUACCUACAUUGAAUUCUUUUCCGCGCUCAACGAACAGAACCUACUGUCUUUCCACCGUCCAACAUAUGAUAUUGCCCCGGUCAUUCGGUUCAUUCAUAACCUUGGUCCUAAUGACACAAUGAAUGCGAUAGAUCUCACACGUAAGUUGUGCUGGCUACUUGCCAUUUGUGGGUUUCUGCGUCCCGCCGAUUUGGAACGAGUCGAUGACCGCCGUACAUCAAGAGACAAUGGCAUCCUUCGCUUGGUCAUUGUUGCCCCCAAAGAAAAACGUUCAGGUAGACGCAUCGAAAGGAUUGUCGCCAUUCAACCUCAUGAAGACCCCUUACUUUGCCCCGUCGCCACCUAUCUAGCCUACAAGUCCAACAUCGCCUUCUCGGUCUGCGUUCGGCCUCACCCUGUCCUCUCUCAGGUGACUUUGCAAAGAUUAGUACGUGACGUCCGUAAUUACGAUAGACCCAUUGGAUCAGAACGGAUAUCCAAGCAUAUUCAAUUUCUCAUGGAGAAGAUCCCUCGUCCUUCUGGUGUCCUCCUCCCCAAGGCCCGGGCUCUCGGACCUACUCUUGCUUUGGCUUCUGGUGCUUCGGUUGAAGACAUUCUUGUACACGGUUCAUGGGCUUCCUCCGCCGUUUUUGACACAUUUUACCGCUUGUCACGACAGACUGUUAGCAAUUUCUCUACCAUGACUUUGACUUCUUCUAGCGGUUAUCUGGACACACAGCCAGAGUCUCUGGCGAAUGAAGAAUAA